AUGUCAUCUUUUCAAACUUUUGACACUAAUGCUUUUGAUGCAUUUAAAAAUUUCGGUGAUCUUACAAUACCUGUUAAAAGACAUUUAACGCAAGUAUACGGUACACUUGCUACCUUGUGUGUUGUUGCGGCAAUUGGAACUUAUGCACAUAUUAGCGGAUUGUUCUUCUUUGGGAACUUUGCCUUCAUGGAAGGACUCACAAUUGGGCCAUUGAUUGAUUAUAUACUUGUAGUUGAUCAUUCAGAACGAAUAAUUAUGAACGCUAGUAUAUUGACAGCUUUGGUGUUUGGAUCAUUCACAUUGGCUUCAUUAUUAACCAAUAAAAGAUCAUUUAUUUAUUUGGGUGGAUUAUUAGGUUCACUUCUUAGUAUAUAUUUCUGGAUGACAUUUGUUAAUAUAUUUUUAAAUUCCAAAACAUUAUAUUCAGUUGAACUUUACCUUGGACUUUUAAUGUUUUCUGGUUAUGAUCUUGUUGGUAUUUUUGUUAGAAUAUUAUUAAUUUUAUUCAAGGAAUCUGGAGAUGGUAAUAGUAGCAGUAGUAGACGUCGUAACAACAGAGAGCGUAGAAGAGCUGAUUAUGUUGCUUAUUAA